GGCCCCGGCGGCGGGGCGGGGCCCCGGCGGCGGGGCGGGGCCCCGGCGGCGGCAAGAUGGCGCCGAAAGGGAAAGGCGGUGGAAAAGCAGGCGGCAAAGGCGGCAAGGGCGGCGACAGCGGCGGCAGCAGCAGCGAGGGCAAAGCGCAGGGCCCGAAGGGAGGCGGCAGCGCCGUGAAGGUCCGGCACAUCCUGUGCGAGAAGCACGGCCGGGCCAUGGAGGCCAUGGAGAAGCUGAAGUCCGGGCAGCGCUUCAGCGAGGUGGCGGCGCAGUACAGCGAGGACAAGGCCAGGCAAGGGGGGGACCUGGGCUGGAUGAGCAGAGGCUCCAUGGUGGGACCAUUCCAGGAGGCAGCGUUUGCCCUGCCUGUGAGCAGCAUGGACAAGCCUGUGUACACAGACCCUCCGGUCAAGACCAAGUUCGGGUACCACAUUAUCAUGGUGGAAGGCAAGAAAUAAAAUGUGAAUGACCGUGA